AUGCCAAGCUCUCGUCUGUUCGCCCUCAUCGUUGGCAUCGACGCGUACAAAUCGGGUUCAAUUUGGAACCUAGAAUCAUGCGUACAGGACGCGAAGAAAGUCCAAGCAUGGCUCACUCAUGAUCUCUGUGUCCCCAAAGAUCAAAUCUGUAUGCUGCUUGACCACAAAGCGACGAAAGCUGCUAUCGAGGAUCGCUUCAUGUCUCACCUCGUGCGGAACCCCGCGAUAGAACGUGGGGAUGCUAUUCUUAUCUACUUUGCUGGUCAUGGUAGCGUCAUCCCUGCGCCCAAAAACUGGUUCGAGGGUGAAUCUCGCGCGUCACUCACGGACACCGUCGAGGUUUUGUGUCCUCACGACCAUCACACCAAAGCCUCCACUGGUCGGAACGCCGGCAUAUCUGACCGGUCCAUGCAGGCUCUCUUGACUGAGCUUUGCAAAGCGAAGGGCGAUAACGUCACGCUUAUUCUUGACUGUUGCUUCUCUCCUCGGCAAACGAAGGAGUUGCUACGGGAGCGACGCAGCUUGCGCUGGACGCCCUCCCCUAAAUCAGAUUCAUCUGACUUGCUGAGUGGUUUAUGGGGCGGAGCGUCGGCUCAGAAGCCAGCCCGUAACAACGGGUUCUAUCGAGUUGACGCUCCUACUCAUGUCUUAAUCGCUGCUUGUCGCCCUGGAGAAGGGGCUGCGGAGGGCAAGGAGGGUGGCAGACUCACAGCCGCUCUGCUGGAAGCAAGCGCCACCCUCCAACUCCACAACUUGACCUACACGCAGCUCGUAAAUCGUUUGGCUGCCAUGAUGUCGGCCAACCAGGUGCCUAUGUGCGCCGGGCGACACAAAGAACGGGUGUUAUUUAACGGUGUUCCGUUCGUGCCAGACGCACGCUUCGUCCCUGCUGGGCUCGACGAAGAGAAACGACUCAGAGUCGAGGUUGGCUCCAUUCACGGUGUUGUUCUAGGCAGCGAACUCACACUUCAUCACCACAACAUCCGAGGGUCGCUCAACGCCGUACUCACAGGCCUCAAAGUGCUAGAGGUGCACCCUACCUGGUCCGUAUGCAAACCGUCAACGCCAGGCUUUCAUUCCCCUCGACGCGCUUGGGCUAAGAUUCGAAAGUGGCACAAUCGACCGCCGUUUCGAAUUCACUUGAAGAAGACACUCACCUCUCUCCUCCGAAUAUGCAGGCUGUCCCGGCACAUUCCUUCGAAACUUACUGACGACGAGACAGAUACAAAAGGGACCAUGAACCUGCUCCGGGUCCGUUCCAGUCAAGCUCAUCUAUCCCUUGGAUUCUCAGGGAAUUCCGCCCACAUUGAGCACCACGAUGAUCUUAUGUCCCUUUGCAGACGCGUUGUCAGAAUCGACAACACUAUGGGCGCUCUUAGUCUCUUGGACAAAGCAGCCCGAUUUCACCUUCACCUACAUCGACGGAACCCCGAAAGUCCGCUCCGCAACCUCGUUCAGAUGGAGUUGUACAAGCUAGAUCCCAUCUCCUGGCGUAAAACUGGCACGAAUCUCCUCAAGGAUGGCCAGGCCAAAAUCGACUACGAGAAAGACGCACUCUACAGUGUCGUCAUGCUUAACAACAGUCAGGUCGACUUAUGGCCCUCACUCGUGUAUAUGGACCCCAAUUGCUACGGAAUCACCAUGCUGUACCAUCCAAAUGCGAAAUCCAAGGCCCCUCCACUACCUAAGUCUAGCCGACUGGAAGUUGGGACUGGCGGCGCUGGCUCCGAGGCCCUGUCCUUCGAACUAAAGCACGGGAAACCACUUGACUCUGGAUUCCUGAAGUUGUUUGUCACCACUUCGUUUGUUUCGAUGAGCGUCAUCGAGCAAGGACCACUGCUAUCGCUGCAGACGGCCGCCACGGCGGUGACCGAUAACUCAUUCUCCAAAGCCGGCCCAGACGAAUUAUGGGACACUACCCAUGCUUGCAUCAAUAUCCAAAGAAUGGCCUGA